UUCCCUUUGCUAUCCGGCUUUCGCUUUUCUGAAGGAAAGCCACCGGAUAGUUCUUCGACUUGGCUUCCACCUCCACAACUCCGCGGUUUGGUCCCUCGUUUCGUGGUGCUUCUGUCUGCUCUUCCUCCGAUCUGCUUUGUAUUAUCCUCUCUCUCUCGACAUACAGCCAACUUCCCCUUUCCCCUCUUCUCUUCCCUAUCUUUGUCCUCCGAAGCAAUCCCCUCUUUCCUUCUUCGGCCUCCCGCUUCCUCCGUCUUUUCGGGAAACCACGUGACCUUCGGUCGAGUUUGUUGUUACCGUUUUCUCCUCGCCAUCUCGAGACAGUUCAUGGAUACUGAUCCAAUCUCCAAAAGAAGCUCUAUGGAGCGCGGAGGCUGUUCGAUCACGAAGGGGUAGCGAAACUCCGGCUCGAAAGACUGAUUCAGCAUCUGGUUGUGCUGCUUCUUCGCUAGGAAUAUUGAUAGUAAAGAUUCGAUCUUUGUUUGAUGGGAUGGAGGAGAUUUUGCGUUGCGCCACGUGAAGAAGUCUCGAUCUUGUGAAGAUCUUAUUUGGUCCGAUAUCUUUUGAUUGAUAUCAGGUUCUUAUUGGAUGGGGAGUGAUGUUACUCAAACUGUGAAAAAGCUACAAGAUCAUUGUGAUGUCAAGGCCAACAGUUCAAUAUGUUUGGAGCUUACGAAGAUAUUGAACAGGAUCAGUCUGAUUCUACCUGCAAUAGAAUCAUCUCGACCAGGAAGUACUUGUGGGAUAGCGGAGCUAUGCUCUUUAAACAAUUCAAUUGACAAAGCAAAGCUACUUCUUCAGCACUGUGCUGAAUCCAGCAAGCUUUAUUUGGCAAUAACAGGACAAGCAACUUUAUCCAGAUGUGAAAGGAUCAAGGUCUCAUUAAUUAAUAGUUUAUGUCAAAUUCAAGAUAUGGUCCCGCCACUUUUAGCGUGUAAGAUUGCUGAAGUUCUAGACUACCUCAGAGUCACAAAGUUUAAAGUGGAUUCUCCAGAAGAGGAGGCUGGCAGAGCUUUGCUAGAUCUGCUUCGUCGGACGGACUCCAGCGAAGAUGUAGAGUUUAAGGCUUUUCAUAUUGCUGCUUCAAGGUUAAAGCUGACAUCUUCUAAGGCCAUUUUAAUAGAGAGAAGAUCCUUGAAUAAACUACUAGAUAAAUUGAAUGGAUCUGAUAAAAAAAAGGAGAAGAUCCUGUAUUAUUUUAUGUACCUCCUGAAGAAGCAUGGUAAGAAUGUCAGGCAGGAUGGUAGUGAGUUUAAGGAGAAUGGCAAAGCAGGUAGUGAGAGUAUUAUAAUAGAUACAAACCGUGCCAGAAGUACUAGUCGUUCUUCAAACAAUGAUGAGCCAAGUAUUCGAGGUGAGGCUCCAAUUGAUAUACGUCAAGCUGCUGUACCUCCUGAGGAAUUUUGUUGUCCGAUUUCAUCCAGAUUGAUGUAUGAUCCUGUAGUUAUAGCCUCUGGACAAACAUAUGAAAGAAAGUACAUAGAAAAAUGGUUUGAUGAGGGACAUGAUACAUGUCCAAGGACUCGAACAAAGCUGGUAAACCUUGCUGUGGUUCCAAAUUCUUGCAUGAAGGAUCUUAUUGCCAACUGGUGCAGGAGACGUGGCAUCAGUGUUCCGGAACCAUGCUCUGAUUGCAGUCCUGCAGAUUUUUGCGGCUGGGAACCUUCACAUAGUUACUCCAUAUCAAGUUUGAAAAAUGUUUCUGCAGCUCUUUUAGAUGGAAGUGUCAGGCAUUAUUUUCUUCAAAAUGAUCACAGCAAUGUAUCAGUUCUCUCAUCUGAUGCUAGCUACUGUUCAGAUUCAUCCCAAAUUAGUGGCAUCAAGAGCACACAGGAUAACCAGACUCAUUUGUUUUCGUGGAGUGAUGAUUAUCAACAGCAUCAGUCAUUCUCCAAUUUCAAUCAUGAAAUGUUUCUGAGAUUCUUUUAUAGACUCUUGGAACUUCCAAUUGAUGUCCAAGACAAAGCAGUAAAAAAAGUGAAAUUCCUUCUGGAAAGCGACGAGGAGAUUUGUUGUGCUAUGCUCGCUAAUGGUUUUGCAGAAGCACUAAUUAGCUUUCUGAAGAAUGCACGUGAAGAGGCCAAUGUACGAGCAAUUAGAGCUGGAAAUCAGCUAUUUCUUGCUUUCCUGAAUGAGAACUGGGUUAAAAUCUCGUCCUUGACUGAGGAUGCAUUGCAGUUAUUGGUAUCUUUUCUUGAUUCUGAUAUCAGGAUGGAAGUUUUAAUGCUGAUGCAGAAACUGGCUCAGAAUCCAAGCUGUAGAUCCAGCAUUAUGGCACCUGGUGUUGUGGCUCCAAUUAUAAAAUCUUUAGAUUCAGAAGACACCGGGUUACUUGAACUAUCUCUGAAAAUUCUUCUUGAUUUAUCAGCUGAUGAGGAUGUAAAAUCUUCUAUUCUAUCCUCUGGAUGCAUAACAACUCUCGCUUCAUUUCUGACGGAUGGAAGACUAGCACAUCUUUGCUUAAAGAUCAUCCAGAACAUAAGUCACCAUGAAGAGGGUGCAACUACGGUAGUCAAAGCCAAAGCCUGUCUUGCUGCGAUUGUAGAACUGCUUGAUACUGGCAGCAAAGAAGAACAAGAGCAUGCAGUGGAUAUCCUCUAUGCCAUAUGUUCUAAGAGUUACGAAAAUUGUCUGCUGGUCAUGGACGAGGGGGUGAUUCCAGCUCUUGUUGAUAUUAAUGUUAAUGGGAAUGUCAAGGGCCAGGAGAUUGCUACAAGGCUGCUCCAUCUUCUGAGAGACGUCAGGCGUAGCGAUCGUUUUGUCAAUUCAUAUAUCAAGCCUGAAUCCAUACCUGAACCAACAGCGAACGUUGUCCAACAUUCUGCGGACAGAGUGCCGCUUUCUAGAUCUCUUGGUGUACUUGGGAAGAAACUAAGAUUCUUCUCAAAAUCAGGGUCCUCGACUCCUUGUUAAUAAGCUCUUGGCAGGACUGUUCUUAUACAUAUAGUCAUUUAGCUUAAGUAGUGAAUAAAUUUUCUGUAAAGCUGAUGCAAUUUUGGAGGAACAUUUGGGUGGGAUGCUCUUCUCGUCCACAUUUCUCUUUGUUCAUUCUUGAAUGUAUAGACAAAUAGAUGUGGUGUUUGGAAAUA